GCGGAAGCGGGAGGAGGUUAGGGCGACGGCGGUGGAUUCGAGAGACUGACUCGUCACAAGUGGUGGUUCUGUGAGCUGCUGUUCGGAGUGGGCGUGGGGCCUGCGGCCGGGGUGGGUGAUGCCGUCAGAGGGCCGCUGUUGGGAGAACCCUGCAGGCUCUAGGAGCUCCCACAAAGGGCGCUUGUCCUACCAUCGCGACUGGCUGCUGCGGGGCGAGGAGAUUUUGGAAGAAUGUAUGUCCAUUCCUGAGUUGUCUACUUACUCCGGUUGGGUAGUAGACCACAUCUUGCCUCACUCUCACCAGAAUCAACUUCUCUCUGAGAAUUCAGCACUGUCCUCUGCGCCUGACCAAGUAUUAUCUAUUCCCAAAUCUCCUGCCAGACAUGCAGAGGUAUCCUUACCAGUUUCCCCUGCAGCAGCUCCAAGUGGAACUCAGAAUCGAGAUGAAUACAGUCAGGCAAAAUUUGUGGUACUUCGCCCCUCACGGGGAAUGGAGGUGGAAGGAUGCAUUCGAAUGUAUGAGGAAGUACACAGGAUGAAAGGAACUAAAGGAUUGAGGCAGUGGCAGGAAGAGCAAGAGAAAAAGGUUCGGAUCCUCUCUGAGAUGGCAUCAGAGCAGCUGAAGCGGUUUGAUGAGCGAAAAUCAUUGAAACAGCACAAGGAAUAUCAGGACCUUCGGGAGGUGAUAGAGAAAAGUUUCAAAGAAGCACAGGGUCAGCAGGAGAAGUUAAAAGAGGAACAUCGUCAUAGAGCCAAGAUCCUCAACCUAAAGCUGCGUGAGGCUGAACAACAGCGAUUGAGGCAGAUAGAACAAGAGCGACUUAGAAAGGAAGAGGGCCAGGAUCGUUUGCGGCGUCUCUAUGCCCUUCAAGAGGAGGUGUUGCAGCUCAACCAACAGCUGGACCCCAAUUAUCAGCACAAAGACCUGCUGAGAAUAGACUUGUCUGGGUAUGGAAGCAGAGGAAACCAGUUAUGUGGGCUUAUCUCGGGCAUCAUUCGGACCACCAGUGAGAGAGGUUUUCCUACCUUAGAGGAUGAAGCCAUGGCAGAGCGUGCCCUGCAAGAAAUGCGGCAGGUGCUUACCAGCUUACAACAGGAGAUUUCCAAGGCUAUUGAGGAAAAGAGGAGACGAGAUGAAGAAGAGGCCAAGGAGAAGCAGAGGGAAUUACAGCAGCGACCAAAAGCAGAGAAGGAGACCCCAGUGUCUACCCAGUCCACAGGAAGAAAACAGAGAGAAGGCCUCCAGGUAAAAGCAGAAGACAGUACAAUGCAGUGGUACCAGCAGCUACAGGAUGCUUCCAGUCAAUGUGUUUUGGCCUUUGAUGGAUUGACCAACAGCAAAGAUCAUCAGUCUAAAAAGAUCAAGAUGGACCUGCAGAAAGCUGCCACCAUUCCUGUGAGCCAGAUCUCUACUAUAGCAGGCUCCCAGCUGAAGGAGAUCUUUGAUAAGAUCAACAGUCUGCUCUUGGGAAAGGCUGUUCACUGUGGAGGUCGGGCUGUGUCAGUGACGAGCCAUCCACAAGGACUGGACUUUGUCCAUUACAAGUUGGCAGAGAAAUUUGUGAAACAAGGAGAAGAAGAAGUGGCUUCUCACCAUGAAGCAGCAUUCCCCAUUGCUGUUGUGGCAUCAGGAAUCUGGGAACUCCAUCCCAGAGUAGGGGACCUCAUCCUUGCUCAUCUCCACAAGAAGUGCCCCUACUCUGUGCCUUUCUACCCAGCCUUCAAGGAGGGAAUGGCCUUGGAAGAAUAUCAGAAGCUCCUUGGCUACCAAGUAAAGGAUUCCAAAGUUGAACAACAGGAUAAUUUUCUGAAACGCAUGUCUGGGAUGAUUCGUCUCUAUGCUGCCAUCAUUCAGCUUCGUUGGCCUUAUGGAAAUAGGCAAGGGGUUCAUCCUCAUGGCUUAAACCAUGGCUGGCGCUGGUUGGCACAGAUCCUGAACAUGGAGCCUCUGUCAGAUGUCACUGCCACUCUUCUCUUUGACUUCUUAGAGGUAUGCGGGAAUGCACUCAUGAGACAGUACCAAGUUCAGUUCUGGAAGAUGCUGCUGCUCAUAAAAGAAGAAUAUUUCCCCAGAAUUGAAGCCAUCACCAGCUCAGGGCAAAUGGGGUCUUUCAUACGUCUCAAACAGUUCCUGGAGAAAUGUCUGCAGCACAGGGAGAUUCCCCUCCCAAAGGGCUCUCUUCCUUCUUCUUUCUGGCGUUCCUGAUGGUGGCUGAGAUGCUGGUUCCUUUCUUGGAGGGAAAGAAAUAAAGCAACAGAAGACAGCAGAGUUUUGGGAAAAGUUGUCUCAGAUUUUAAAAUCUGAAAAUGUAUUUUAUUUUUUUUAAUCUCAUGGCCAAGGGAGGUUACUUUCAUAGUUUUAAAUACCUUCUUAAACUUGAUCAUGAAUUAUAUCAAGGAAUCUUCACCCAGUAGACAUAGUAGCCAAGAAGAGGAUUAGCUGUGAUGACCAUGGCAUAGUAAAAGGAAUUUGAGUUUUAUUCUUUAUGAAAGAUACUAGUUAAUAAUUAUGGUAAUAAGUUUACAUUCAUAAAUCAUUUCAUGACUGCAACGUGGUUUUGCGUUAUCUUGUUCUUUACAACAUUACUCUCAGGUAGGUAGUGUUAUUACUGUUGUCCCUCUUUGACAGCUAAGGAAACAGGCUCAGAAAGUUUACGUGACUUGCUCAUAGUCACACAGCUUGUAAGUGGUGAAGCUAGACUUGAACCUAGAUCUUCUUACCUCAAGUCCACUGCUCUUUCUGCUGCAGAACUUAUCCUAACUUUCCUUCCUUUUUAGUAUCUUUAUAGCAGUUUGGGCAUUAGUUUCAGAGUAGAGCUAGUUCCUCACAUUCAUCCAAAUCCCUUGAAAAGGAACAGACUUUUAAAGAGUGCUUUUUAGAAUUCUUAUUGAAUGGUAAUAAAUAUGGUUCAGAGCCCUUUAUAAUUGUAAUCAAGUGGUUUCUGGUUGAUUUGCUUCUCACAACUUUGGAUUACAUGUGGUUGCAAGAUCAUGUUAAAUUCAGAAAUCUAAAAAUUAAUCUAAAAAUUAAAUCUAAAAAUCUAAAAAUGCAAUUGAGGUGGCUGAGCCACUUUGACUGGAAUUAAUGAUAGUAACCAGAUGCUAUCUUGAGUUGGAAGUUUUUACACAGUAUUGAUUUCUUUAGGCCUUGCUUUGUUUUUACUUGUCCAUCUCACAACAAAUUCCUUGAAUUUUGCAAUUAGUCUAGGAUUUGCUGAGGUCAGUGCCAUCUGUAUUAAGUGUGGAGGGAGUUUUCAUGAGCCACAGAUUGAGCACAAAAAGAUAAUGUUAUGAAUCUGCAGAAUAAUAAGAAUGCCUAUGUCUGCCACAUCCAUCUGGGAUCUCCGGAGCUUGGGUUGUUGGUAGAUCUUGGAUUUGUUGUGAGGAAAAGAAUCAUUCCCAUUUAUGCCUCACAGGGGACAACUGUAGAUCUAUUCCUUGAUGUCAGAUUAGGAUGUGUAUAAUGUAAAGCUGGUAGUUUUUUAAUACUCAUGUGGUAUGAAGUGAUUCAUUCUGUGAAUGGUUGACUACACUUCUAAAAAAGAAAUAAAAGUUUUAUUUCUAACU